UGUAUUUUAAGUCCACAUUAUACCAUUUCAUUAGCAAGCAAGUCUUUGUAGUUUUUCGGAUCGCUUCUUUAACUAUGGCUAAUUCAGAAACAUUUCGUGUCCUGGAAGAAGGAUUUAAAAUCCCAACUAUUGGACUUGGAACUGCCUACCAAGAAAGCGAUGACGUAGUUCAAGAAGCCGUUGAUGCUGCUUUAGAGAUCGGCUAUCGCCAUAUCGAUACAGCAUUUUGGUACAAUACCGAAAAGAAUAUUGGCCAGGUUCUUAUUAAAUGGUUAUCUUCAGGAAGAAUAAAAAGAGAAGAAAUAUUUGUUACCACAAAAUUACCAUUUCAGGGAGCGCACGCCGAAGCAGUCGAACCGUUUUUGAAAAAGUCUUUAGAAAAUCUUCAACUUGAUUACGUGGACUUAUACCUUAUUCAUUAUCCUGUAGCAUUUAAAUAUGAAGGAGUCGAUAAAUUUACUCCCGAACCUGUUGAAACCGAUCAUAUAUCAUUAUGGAAAGGAGCGCACGCCGAAGCAGUCGAACCGUUUUUGAAAAAGUCUUUAGAAAAUCUUCAACUUGAUUACGUGGACUUAUACCUUAUUCAUUAUCCUGUAGCAUUUAAAUAUGAAGGAGUCGAUAAAUUUACUCCCGAACCUGUUGAAACCGAUCAUAUAUCAUUAUGGAAAAAAAUGGAAGAACAAGUUGAAGCAGGCCGAACAAAAUUCAUAGGAGUUUCUAACUUUAAUAUUUCGCAGAUAAAAAAAAUCAUAAAAAUUGCCACACUAAAGCCAGUGUGUUCACAAGUGGAAAUGCAUGCGUCCUUUCAAAAUCAGGAUCAUGUUAAUUUUUGUAAAGACAAUAAUAUUGUUGUAACAGCCUACUCUCCCUUGGGAACUCCCAACUUAGGGCAGUUUUUAGAUGAAAACUUAAAGAAAGCUAUUAAACAACCAAAUCUUCUAAAUGAUGCAACAGUAAGAAAAAUUGCAGAAAAACAUCAUAAAACAUCUGCUCAGGUCCUUCUUAGGUUUUUAAUCCAAAAAGAUGUGUGUGUUAUACCGAAAAGUUCGAAUCCAAAUAGAAUAAAAGAAAACUUUCAAGUAUUUGAUUUUAAGCUCGAUAACCGGGAUAUGAAGAUGCUCGAGAAUCUGGAUAAAGGAGAAGAAGGAAGAGUUGUGGAUUUGGCCAUCUUCUUUCCUCAAUUAAAAGAAAAUGCUGAAUAUCCAUUUUAACGUGUUUUUAAUAAUUUGAAAAUAACCGUUCACUUAUUGUCUAAUAUUUUAUUGAUAACAAUUUUGUUGUAGCAAAUUUUAAUUUUUAAUAAACAUUUUAAGAAUA